CAACUCACAAGUUCAAACCGAAACCAAAACCAAGCAGAAGUUCUCCGACUCUGACUCUAAGCUUAAAAACACAAAAUUAACUUUUGCGAUCGGCUUCUCUUCUCGCUCACAAAUUCAUCCGGAUUCUGGAGGAGGAGAAGUAGGGAUUAUGUCUUUCUUGUCUCCUACAAUUCCGAUGCGCCUCCUCGAGGAUGACGAGGCCGAUCUGUCAUUCUUCCCUCACAAAAACUCGAACAACUUGAACAGCAAGAUCAUGGUCAUAUCCAUCAUUUCAUUAUCCAUCGUUGUUUUGCUAGUAAUCUUGCUUCAUACCUACGCAAGGUGUGUCCUCCGACGCCAGGUGCUUCGCCGAGCGUCCAUACGUCGUCAUUUGGGGUCAACCAUGGCUCAUGUCCACUCCGUUGAGCUGCCCAAAAUUGGACUCGAGCCCUCCGUCAUUGCCGCCUUGCCCAUGUUCGUGUUCAGACGUGCGGAGGGCCGAGAUGGCGGGGAUGACAACGCAAUAGAGUGCGCUGUGUGUUUGAGCAUGUUAGAGAAUGAAGAAAUGGCACGGUUGCUUCCAAAUUGCAAGCACAGUUUCCAUGCAGAGUGCAUCGACAAGUGGCUGAUUUCCCAUACUACCUGCCCCAUUUGCCGGACAGAGGCGAAGCCGUGUCUGCAUCUCGAGCCACGAGAGGGUCCCGCAGCCGGGAUGCCAACGGCUCCGCCGUUAGAGCAUGUGAACUCUGUGUUGUCAUCAUCAUGUAUGGAAGGGACAUCAGAUGGUGCUCAAUCCAGCUCAGCUGGUACUAAAGUGAAUGCUUCAUCGGUUUCCAGGUUGAGUUCUUUCAGAAGAAUGAUUAGUAGGGACAGAUCUUCAAGACGUAUUCAAUCUUGCGGACAAGAGGAUGGUAUAGAAGAUUUAGAGAGGCAGUGAAGAUUGAAUCAGUUAUGGGUAAUAUAUUACAUAAUUUUGCAAUUAAUACUUUGGUUUAUUGUUAAAUUUUUUUUAUGUUGAUUAUUAAUAUCAUGUUAGUGUUCUUAUUGCUA